AUGAGUGGAGUGUAUUUGGAUGAGAAUGGGGAACUGGCAGCUGACUUGGACAUUGUGAAUUGGGUGAAGUUUCCCAACAAGUCCAUCCUUAGAGUGAAGUUGGGGAGUAUCAAUAGACAGGGAUCCCAAUAUCUACAGUUCUCCACCGACCAGGAUGCCGGUGCAUGGUCCAAAGGGCUCGAACAGACCCUGCCUCCUUCCAGGUGCACGGAAAUCUGCAGCCCUGGAACUGCCAAGGUGAUUCAGGAAGAAAAGCCACUCUGCUGCUAUGACUGCCUUCCCUGUGCAGAAGGGACCAUCUCCACUCACGAAGAUGCAGAGCAUUGCUCAAGGUGUGCUGAAGAGCAGCACCCAAACAAGGACAGAGAUCAAUGUGUACCCAAGAUUAUCACCUUCUUGGCAUAUGGAGAACAACUGGGAAUCCUCCUAGCUUCCUUUGCCCUCUUCUUAACUUUAACCACAGGUUUAGUGCUGGGAAUCUUUGUUAACUAUAAAGAAACUCCCAUAGUCAAAGCCAACAACUGGGACCUCUCCUGCAUCCUUCUUGUAUCCCUCCUGCUUUCCUUCUUGUCCUCCUUCCUGUUCAUUGGGAGGCCAAGGAAAGUGACCUGCCUUCUGCGACAAACGGCCUUCAGCAUCAUCUUCUCGGUUGCCGUCUCUUCUGUGUUGGCAAAAACCAUCACUGUGGUGCUGGCCUUCCUGGCCACAAAGCCAGGGAACAAGGUGAGGAGAUGGCUGGGGAAGAGUUUGGCCAACUCCAUUGUCAUUUCCUGUUCCAGUGUCCAAGUUGUCAUCUGCACCAUCUGGUUGGGAAUCUCUCCCCCAUUCCCAGACUCUGACAUGCGCUGCCAGCCUGGAGAGAUCGUCCUGCAAUGCAACGAAGGGUCUGUUGCCAUGUUUUAUGGUGCCCUUGGCUACAUGGGCUUCCUGGCUGCCAUCUGCUUCACAGUGGCUUUCCUGGCCAGGAAGCUGCCUGGGGCCUUCAAUGAAGCCAAGCUGAUCACCUUCAGCAUGCUGGUCUUCUGCAGUGUUUGGGUGUCCUUUGUGCCCACCUACCUGAGCACCAAGGGGAAAUACAUGGUAGCCGUUCAGGUCUUCUCUAUGCUGGCCUCUAGUGCUGGGCUUCUGGGCUGCAUCUUCAUUCCCAAAUGCUACAUUAUUAUAUUGAGGCCAGAUCUAAAUACAAAGGCAUAUUUAUCCACAAAAACUAAAUCAGAAAUCUGA